AUGGUGAGCUCGCGACUACGGGCGUUGGCCGCGGACCUGGUGCUGGAUGAAGGGCUGAUGCUGGUGGCUCGUUGCGGGCUGCGAGUGUUCCCCGAACUCACCGUGAAUCAAUGCUUUAGGAAGAUGCGCUUCUUCUUGCAUCCAGACAAGUGCCCUCCCGACCAGAAGGCGCGAGCCGAGGAGGCGUACAAGGAGCUCGACAAUCUCAAGGAUGACUUGGGCUACCUGUCGGAGAUAGCCAUCCGGAACCUCCGUAAGUUCCGCCGCUCGUGGCGGGAAGAAGCUUUGUUUCGGGAGCUCCGUGAUCCUAGGCCGGAGGCCGCAUCGACUCCGCCUCCGAAAGCUGCAUCUUCGGGCCCACCGCCAGCGGCAUCUUCAUCGAGCCCGCCGCCGGGGCCAUCUGCAUCUUCGGGCCCACCGCCAGCGGCAUCUUCAUCGAGCCCGCCGCCGGGGCCAUCUGCAUCUUCGGCACCGCCGCCAGCUCCUGCAUCUUCGCCGCCAGGCCCGGAAGACCCGCAGGAUGACGACAGGGACGAGGACGGCGACCCGGAGAUCGGCCCCGAGGACGAGAAGCUGGCGGGGUGGCUGCGCUACGAGCCGGUCAAUGUGGCGGAGCUCGACAGGGCGCUGGACUCCGACGCAGUGCGCCGCUUUGCGGAGUACAACCUCUUCGAGAUCCUCCUGAGCCUGAGGCGCCGCGUCGUCAAGAUCCAGAACGGUGUGGGGUUGCUGCCGGUCUGGCAGCGCGAAAGCCGGCAUCCACCCGGGAUGCAGGGGCGCGUCUUCUGCGGCAUCGGGCGCCUGCCACACCCGGACCAGGCGGGGGGCAAGCGCAAAGCCGACGACUCCAAGCGCGAGGAGCUGCAGGCCGCCCGGGCGUCGCUCAUUGCUCAGCUGCCGAGGCCGAUCCAGCGGGAGAUCCUGGUCCUGGGGCUUCCAGACGCCUUGGUAGGUCGGAGCGCCUUCGCGUUCCCCAAGCUCGUGAAGUACUUCUGCCGGUACAAGCUCAACGUGGUCGAGGUGGACUUGUCGAACAGUUUUUAUCAACUGCUCUCCAAGGACCUGGUGCUCCCGGGAACUCUGGGCGACUACGUGGCAAACCGGGAGGAGACCCUGGCGCAGCUGGUGGCGGGCCUCAACUCCUUCAAGGCCGACCGGGAGAACAAGGCCGCGAAGGAAGCGCGCCGCCGCACUGCCAAAACCGAGGACCGGAAGCCCUGGGCCGAGAAGGACGAGCCGGAGAUCACCCGGCCCAGCAAACCGCUGCGCCGCGAGGACGCCAAGGGGCUGAUGAUCGCCAUGGGGUUCGGCAUGUCGGCGAGCAACUGGUGCUCCCAGCACCUGGGUUUCGUUCCGACGAGUGCGGGGGCGGACCCCUUGCUGGACAUGCUGGCCGGCAUCGAGGAGGCCGUGCGCCGCUUGCACGUUCUGUGCUGGGAGAGCCUGACUCCGGAGGCUCGUGCGUGGCACAGGGCCCGAAAUCGAGGCCUAGCAUCCAUGGCCUACUCCAAGUACGUGUCCCUGGAGCGGCGUGCGCUGGAGGCUUUGAAGCUGGCGGCCGCUGACCGUUUGGUGUCCCUCGAGCACGACGGAGUCGCGGUGCAUCGAGAUGCUGCGGACGCGGUGGUGGCCGCUGCCACGGAGUUGGGCUUAGAAGCGGCCCUGAAGGAGACCCCGGACCCCCUCCAGUACGCGGCGGAGCACUACCCGGAGUUCAACUGGUGCUUGCAGGCGACCCAGCCCUGCGCAGGCGCGGGACACUGCCUCGGCCACAUCUCGGCGCGGCGGGUGCGGCCCAACGGCUCCGACUUCGCGGACUUCGUGGCAGCCCUUUUGGCUCCCGACAAGGACGACAUGGGGGCCCUCAUCCGGAUGAGCCUGAAGAACUUGGUGCGCCCUGCGCAGAAGGGGCACUUGAAUCCGCCGGAGCCGCUCAACGAGAGCGGCUGGACCAAGAGCCUGGUGGACGAGGUGCUGGGCUUGCUCAGCGGGCAGACCAUGCCUGCCCUGGACGGCGACAAGACUCGAGGGAAGGUCCUCUACAGCGACGGGGUGGUGGUCGACCUCGCCACCGGGGAGCGGCGCAUGGCUCAGCCGAGCGACCGGAUGUCCUUGCGCGCAGAGGCGUCGUCGGCAACCUGGGAGCCGCCCGUGGAGACAGAACUCUUCGCCAAGGUGGAAGCAUUCCUCAAGACGGGGGCGAGCACGCUGGAGGCCAACAACGAAGGCCUCGCGGUAACAGAGGCUUUCAAGGAGCUCAUGGUCGUCUCCCCUUUGCUUCAGCUGGUGAAAAAAUACGGGACAUGGCUACAAGUACUCUACUUGCUCCGGCUGUUCAGUCGCGGCGUCGGAGCCUUGGAGCGUCUGUGUGAACUGCUCUACAUCCAUGGACCCGGAUCCUCUGGGAAGGACGUGCUCAUGCUGAUCCUGCUGUGCUUCCUGGGCUACGAGCCCUGGAACUACGGCCUCCUCGUGAGUGGGCGCUACUUCGUGGCGGGCGCGAAAUCUGGAAAGGAGUCGGCCUCGCCGCAGCUCGACCAGAUGAGGGGGAAGCGGUUCAUCUGGGGCUCCGAAGUGCCGGAGCACGACGAUCUGGACACCGACUUCCUGAAAGCUCUGUGUGAACAAGGAGGAGCACCCUUGACGGGGCGAGGCCUCUACAGAAACCCUCGGAGCUUUCGCUCCAUGGGCGUCUUCUGCGCGACAAGCAACUUCCCCCCGAAGGUGAAGCAGAUCGACGACGAUGGCUGGGCUCGCCGAGCCCGCGAAUGGCAGACUGAAGCUCGUUUCGUGGCGCAUCCCACCAAGCUCACAGAGCACAAGGCCGACGACUCCUUGAAGCGCAAGAUCAACAGCGGCUGCUUCCAUGCGGAGAUGAACUUCUUCGCCUUCGGCUUCUACAACUCCCUCUCCGAGGAGCUGAAUCCAGGCACGGAGCUCUUGCCCAAGCCCCCUCAGAUGGUCUUUUUGGAGGAGCAAAACCGGGAAAACCUGAGGACCGUCGAGAAGUUCUUGAGCGAGCAUUGUGAAAGGGCUGCCCAGUACAACCACGGCACCGCCUGGACCGCCUUCCUGGAUGCGGUCAAGGCCUAUCUCGAUUGUGACCGCAAGGUGGCCAGGACUCGGCUCACGAGCGCCGGCAUCAAGAUGCACCAGGCCAACUCCAAGAACGUCCCUGCCGACAACACCGGUGCCUGGAAGCUGAAGGAGACUGCAUGA